UUAAUGACAUUGGGAUUUAAAAUGUUCUCGAAGUUGGUCCUGUGUUUAACAUUUUACGGUGUUAUGAUCCUAUAUAUCAUGUCCGUUGUUGACAAGGUACGUCUUCCUGCAGAAGUGAAUCCAAUUGGCGCCAUGUUUUGGGCAUUUUCAGAACAGUUGCUAAGGAAUUGCAGAUAUGGAAGAAAACAAAGAUCUCUUUUAUUAAGUAUAUGUUUGAUUUUGUGUAUGUACAUAUUUACCAUUUGGAUGUUUAUGAACUCUAUAAAUACUUCUCAUACCAAUCGAAAACUGGUACUGAACCCAAGCUUUUUGUCGGACAGAAAGGAGCUUUUUCGAGAAAACUUCUCUUUGAAAAAAUAUUCAUAUUGCAAGUAUGGCCAUCAUUCGAGGGAAAUACCGCUGGAUUUUGUGGUACGGCAACAAUGCUGGUUGUUUCCGUCGUCACUGGAGAGAUGUUUUAAAGAAAUGGACACUGGAAGCAGUAGGUCAAUGUUAAUGAGAUAUGAAUGGAAAAGAUAUGAGACAUUUCAAACAUUUCCAAAUGAUUCACCUAUGAUGCCAACGCGCCUGGCGUCGAAUGGAUUCUACUAUAACGGGUCUGAAGACAGUGUCACGUGUUUUUCGUGUGGGCUCGUAUACCGAGGUUGGAAAGAAGGCGAUUCCGUUUCAGAAGUUCAUGCACGUUAUUCACGAAAUUGUCUUCAUGUUAGAGGAAUUGAUGAAACAAAUGUGAGGAUACACACAGAAGACAGCGAAGGUGCCACGGGUGGUUACAACAACAGCUUUGGGAUUGGAAAUGUCAACAUACAAAGUGACGGACGCUCAUCUGCGCCAAGCGGGGCCACAUUAGUUCAGUCACAGCUUCACAAGCAUCCCGAUUUCUACAGCUAUAACUCAAGGUUAGAGUCGUUCAAAGACUGGCCUUGUCGAGAUGUGAAAGAACAUGAACAGCUUGCAACGGCUGGAUUCUUUUACAUAGGUUUAGGAGACUGCGUCAAAUGCUUCUCGUGUGGUGGCGGACUUAGAAACUGGGAAUUUUACGACGUACCCUGGGAGCAACAUGCCAAAUGGUUUAAUCACUGCGCUUUUCUGAGAGAGCAAAAGGGAUUGGAGUUUAUAAGGCACCACAGUGACGUCAGAAUUGACGCCGAUGAAGAGAGACGAACGAUACCUCAAACUAAUAUUGUCUCCGGACUAGAGGAACUAAGAGCAUCAGAGAGGUUGGCUCCCGGACACCACGAUGAUUCAUCAGCCGAUAUCAACAUUGCCAUUCCUGACAAAGAAUUGAAAGAACCAGUUAUGGUAGAAAAAUCACCGGCAUUGAAAUCAUUCGAACAGACGCUUGGUCAAAUGGGGUUUAGUGAGGAGAGCAUCCGAAAUAGUUUCAAAAGAAUUGAAAUCACUGACGUAACAGAGUCGUCUGCAUCUAGAGUAUUAGACGAUUUGCUCCAAAAUUCCACAGCACGUGACCAAGAACAAGUAAAGGAGUCUUUAAAUACAGUUGAAUCAACAUCCGAGCCAGUGGGAAGAAGCAAAGAGGAAGAAUCUAGCAUUGAAACGAAAAAUACAACAAAAAAUAUGCCAUCCGAAUUAGAUCCGUCGGCAUUAAAAGAGGAAAAUGAAAGACUGGUGGACCAGCUGACUUGCAAAAUAUGCAUGGAAAAAGAAUCAAAUAUAGUAUUUAUCCCAUGUGGUCACGUGGUUUCUUGCGAGACAUGCGCACCGCAUAUCCGGAAAUGUGCCAUCUGUAGGAAAUUGAUAGAAGGUCGUGUGAAAACAUACAUGACAUGAUUGACAUACACAUCUGCUGUGUUUUUUCGGCUGCAGAAAGAUGUAUACUAUUUUAUUAAAGAAAUUUGCAAGUACUCGUCAUUUGAUGAUUGUUAACGGACCGUAAAUUUCAUUAGGCUUUUAUAGGGUUGGUUUAAUAACGAUUUAGAUUGAAAUAUUUGUUUGAAUCAAAGGAGUAAAGCGACUUUUGAUAGACGAAUGUUUGCUAUACAAUACCCUCCCCGUUGUUCUAGCCCAGAGACUUUGGCUAUUUACGCUUAAACCGCUUUUGCAGAAGCUCCAAUUGUUCCAAUUUAAAAGUCUUUGAAAAUAGUGUUGACAAAAGUAGUUCUAGCAGUAAAAUUUGAUUUUCUAUUUUAUUUCAAUAUAAUAUUUAAAAAAAUGUAAACUUAGUAAUGCAGAAAAAAGCAACAAUAGACAUGUACUAAAAUAACAUUCACCAAUCAGUGUUUCCAACAGUAAGCCUAAAUUAACUCACCAAACUAUUCCAAAGUUAAUGGGAGGGAGUAACGCUCCAACUUAACAUUAUUAAAACUCCAUUUGGUGCUUGGCAAGUUUGACUCUUGCUGAUAUCAUUCUGCAAUUUACGACAAUGGCAUUCGGAACAACUCGGCGAUCACAAAAGAUCUGUAUCCGAAGUUUGCCGGAAAGGGGCGAAAAGCAUCGAUUGAUCACAACUACAGAAAACAGAAUGAGGACAAUUUGUUGAUUGACAUGAGAUGAUGAAGAUUAAACAGUGUUUAACCCGGUGUUAGGGGGCGUAGAAGAUACUGUAUUCGUGCUCGAAAACUCUACAGCAGGGUUUUUACAAAUUGAUACUUGCUUCGCACACGUAACAUUACACGUGAAGGACAGAGAGUAAUAUGCUUGUCUGUUUGUAAAUAUUUCAACGAACAUGUAAGAUUUGUUUCAGUUAUUUAUGUAAAUAAAUUAUUGUUUUUUUCCUACCUA